AUCAUUGCGCAUGCGCAUUAAUCAAAUGCUCUGCGGCUUCAGGCUAGCAAGCUAGUUUUAGUAACGGCUUCGGCUGGCACGAUGUUUUCUGCUGUGGUUCGGCUCUCAGCCUCCGGAGUAAGGAGUUUAGCACGGACACGUCCUUGUUACACAGCACCUCUCGCGUCACGAUGCUACUCCCAUGGUAAGGCGGAGACAGAUGAGGAGUUUGAUGCCCGCUGGAUCACCUAUUUUAAUAAACCAGACAUUGAUGCCUGGGAACUCAAAAAAGGCAUGAACACCCUGAUUGGGUACGACCUGGUCCCCGAGCCCAAGAUUCUGGACUCGGCACUAAGAGCCUGCCGGAGGCUCAACGACCUCGCCAGCGCCAUCCGCAUCCUGGAGGCAGUCAAGGACAAAUCGGGCCCCCAUAAAGGGAUCUACCCCUACUUGAUCCAGGAGCUGAACCCUACACUGAAGGAGCUUGGCAUCUCCACACCGGAGGAGCUCGGCAUGGAUCACGUCUAGUCAUCCACAUUUUUUGGUCUUGUGAAGUGUCCAACAAGGUCAAAUACUGCAUUUGAAGACUCUGCCUUCUAUUUUUUUUUGGGAUGUUAAAAACUUAAUAUCUCAUCUCUGUCCUGUUGUGUAUAAAGCUUUUGGUCCUAAUAAACAGAGCAAUAUCCACA